AUGAAAGAGAAAAGCCAAAACCAGCCCUCUUCCAACACCGAAAACCCUCCGAGACAUGACCAUGACGAUAUCAGCAUACAGAGCACUGAGUCGGAGACUCUUGGGGGCCUCGAUAACAACAAUACCGAGAAACUUGGCAGACCGCCACAUAAUGUAUCAACAACUCAAGCUGACGAGACGAUAAUGGGUGAUCCCGAGAGCAUGAGCAGAGUCUCAAGCGGUCCAGCAUACAGCGUUUUCUCAAAGAACACAAAAAGAUGGAUCCUAGCUUUGGUCACAGCAGCCAGCUUCGUCUCGCCUAUGACGGCCAACAUAUAUUUCCCCGCAAUUCCCCCUAUAGCCGAAGAUUUGAACAUAUCUGUGUCACUUGUCAACCUCACUUUGACAUCUUACAUGAUAUUUCAGGGGCUAUCACCAACCAUAUUCGGCGACUUCGGCGACAUGGCCGGGCGUCGACCCGCUUAUAUACUGGCCUUCUUGAUUUAUAUAUGUGCAAACAUUGGUUUGGCCCUGCAACGUAACUUUGUUGCGCUACUGAUCCUUCGUUGUGUUCAAAGUGCGGGCAGCAGUGGUACUCUGGCCCUUGGUUUUGCUGUGGUAGCGGACAUAUCCUCGACAGCUGAAAGAGGAAAAUAUAUGGGCAUUGUUGGAGCCGGAAUCAAUGUUGGGCCUGCUCUCGGGCCAGUCCUGGGUGGUAUUCUGAGCCAGUACCUUGGAUGGCCUGCUAUCUUCUGGUUUUGUGCCAUCUUCUCUGGUGUCUGGAUGAUCCCCUUUAUCCUCUCCGCUCCCGAGACGUGCCGUAAAGUCGUUGGCAAUGGCUCGAUGGCACCACCAAAAUGGAACAGGUCACUACUUGAUCUUUACAGCCACCGAGGAGAUGUUACAAGCCAGAAUAUUCCGAAGCAGAAGUUGAAGUUUCCCAACCCAUUGAAGACGCUUUACAUCGUCUUUGAGAAAGAAAUGGCUAUUAUUCUAUGUAUCAAUGCCAUCAUCUACCUGGCUUUCAUUUUAGUGGCGGCUACCCUAUCAACACUCUUCAAAGAGACGUACGGCUAUAACGAUCUUCAGGUUGGUCUUUGCUAUUUGCCUUACGGAUUUGGCUGCGCUUUGGCCGUUGUUGGUCAAGGAUACGUCUUGGACUGGAACUAUCGACGAAUUGCGAAGAAAAUUGGCUUCACUAUCAACCGUAAGCGGGGAGAUGAUCUGGGCAAGUUCCCAAUCGAGACUGCGCGAAUCCAGCCGGUCUAUCCAACGCUCCUCGCUGGUAUCGCGACACUUAUAGGGUAUGGAUGGGCUUUGCAAGUUGAAACUUCAGUUGCUGUCCCAUUGGUCCUUGUCUUCCUUAUCGGCAUGUUCGUUCCAACCUCAUUCAGUGUUCUCAAUACCCUUAUUGUUGAUCUUAACCCACAUGCUCCAGCUACAGCAACUGCAGCUAAUAACCUCGUGCGAUGUAUGUUUGGAGCUGCAGCGACGGCGGCCAUUGACCACAUGAUCGCAGGAAUGGGUAGAGGGUGGUGUUUCACGUUUCUUGCUUUACUGAACUUGGCCAUGAUCCCGGCUUUGAGACUUGUUGACAAGAGAGGUAUGCGAUGGAGGGCAGCCAAAGCAAAAAGAGAAGCAAUGAAUGUGGCAUAG